UUUACGUGAUGCAACUUUUGAACCGCCUCCUAUCAGCAACCUACUUCAGCCAAGUCGUCGCCAUUUUAUUAAGCGACCAAAUAGCCCUCCCCGAUCUCCUGUUAUGAAGCGCAUAAAGAUCCUGUGAUGUAUUAACCGUUUUAUCUCCUCCUUUGGCCACAUGAAAAUGGCCACGCAAUUGCAUUCCCGCAUAUCCACCGACCAGCCCCUCUGCUCUCAGCCUGUAGCCCGGCGCGCAAACACUGUCGUAGCCUUCAGCCCGUCGCCUGACACGUUAACAGCCUGUACGCAGACGACACCACAAUCUGAGCCAUUACCACAGGCGGGAGCGAUGUAACUUUGCCCGAGAGGAGUGGGCAAAAUAAUAAGUGUAACCAGUCCGCCACCUAGCUGCGGAGACGCGCCAACAGAGAUCUGUCGACUGUAUGAUUAUGAAAACACCCGCGCCAAUGUUGUUGCACAGUAGGCUCCGCGCUCUGAUGGGACUGAAACUCGGUUUUAGGAGGUGUUUUAACCUCCGAUGGCCUUAGUUAUGUAAUCAAAGCAGCAUCUAAUGCACCAAAAGCUGUGGAUUGUUGUUGGUGCGAAGGGGAGAGCAGGACAGCAGCAUCUUAACCUCUUGCUCAAACGCAGUUGGCUCUGGGACGCGUUGUCGGUUCAGGCCUAAAAAAGAAGAGAGAAACCUUCGCUGGAUGCCCAGCAGUGCUUGGACUGUUACAGGAUAGCCUUUUGUAAACCUCCUGCCCUACACCUGCAUUCUGCUCUUCACCCUUGACCCCACCAACCCCUCUGGUGUCAUUUUAAAGUGACAUACUGGGAACCCCACAGUAUUCUACUUCUCCCCCCUGACUUCUCUGAUGGAUCAGAGAGUGAAGGGGGGAACCCCUCCAGCCACAAACUCCGCUCUGGACCCCACCUCUGCACCUGGAGACACCGAGCACGCCCAAGUGGAAGACAAAAAGGGAAGAGGUGAGGGGGAGAAUGGAGACAUAGAGAAAAAGGGGGAGGAGAAAAGAGGAGCAGGGAAGAAGAGAGAGGGAGACAAAGGGGCAGUGCUGGAGUUGCUCAUCGAGGGGCGAUGUGGAAGCGCAGGGCAGCAGCAGCUUCAGAUCUCUGGCAGGGAGGCCAGCUGCCCGGAGGGAAAUGUACGACUCCGGAUUGGACUCCAGGCCAAACGCACCAAGAAGCCGCCCAAGAGCUUGGAGAGCUAUGUCUGCAAGCCCACCAUCAGGACUUAUCAGAGACAGGGCAGGGGGGCACUGUUGAGGGGCGAUGGUGAAGGAGGAGCGGGCCAGCAGAGUAAAACCAGCUCCGCUCCAGAAGAAACAACCAGAGAGCAACGCUCAGGCUUGGAGGCUGUCCAGACCACAUGCAAACAAACUGCAUCCUCUGCUUCCUCACUGCUUGCAUCAUCAUCAUCAACACCAUCGCAGUCACUGUCGACAUCUCCAACAUUUACCACGGCUCCCUCAGUCCCUGCCAUAACCAGCCAGGGGACAAAGUCUACCAAGCAGGUUGCUAUCAAACUGGCCGAUAAGACAGAGGUGAAUUCAAAUGGCUCAUCGGAGAGAGUGAAGAGAGAGAAGCUUCCUAGUGUCAAUGGUCAGCCUGUCCCAGCAGGACACAAACCCUGCUCACCCACAACAGACCAGACAGCUUCAACUGCUCCUUCCACUCCAAGCGUUCAGAUACUCUCUGUAUCGGAGAACAGGAAUGAAGAAAGCGCCUCCAAGAAACAUAAUGGUAUGGUCCAGACAACAAGACAGAAGGGACUGUCGAAUUGGAAAGGCUCUACUGGCAUCCUAGGCACUUCCACCUCAUCGAAAAUCAAAGCUGGAAAACACAGCGGUUCCUCCUGUUCUUCUUCCACGGACUCUUCAACAAGACCUCCAGUACCUACCGGCUCCCUUAAAGAACUUAAGAGUAGGCCAGACUCUCCUUCCUCGCCCUCAGUCAGCCCUAAACUACAGCCCCCCUCCACUGUGGAUCUCUCCUCCACCCAGUCACAAGACCAAGACCCCUUUCUGCAGCCCUCACUAGAGAAAAAGAGAGACAAAGAGAGGAAAGUGAAGAAAGAGAAACGGAAAGACAAAAAUUCAAAGUCAGAGAGACUGGAAUCUGAAAGAGCAAAGAGGGAGAACAGAAAGGUGGAAGGAAAAAAGAAGAAAAAGGAGAAAGGGAAGGAUGGAAAGUCAAGGCAUAGUAAAGAAAAGGACGAACGACAUAGGAUCGAUGAUACGUGGAGGGAUGAACUAAAGACUGAAAGAGGAAGGGCUGAGAAAAAGAAGAAUAAAGUUAGCCCCGACAGACAACAGACAGAGGAUAAUAAUGCAAAAUGUGGGGAAACAGCUGAUAGUGUUAAACUAGAUAAAACCAGCAAAACAGUAAACCCAGGCAGACCAGAAGAGAAAGACCAGGCAGAUGACAGUUGCAAGCUAGUUAAACAAUCCGAUCCAGCAACAACAACAACAGGUGACACCAGUAAAUCAAAAGAACAAGACAUCUCAAGACAUUCAGCUGUGCCUCUGAGCCACCCCUCUUCUUCUGCCCCUCCCUCUUUGCCCACUCCUUCUGCCCGUGCCCCUGUUUCUCCCUCUUCUUCCCCCCAAGAGCAGGACAGCCGGCCGCUCAAGAAACGUAAAACCAGAAGGCCCAGCUGGACCAAGCUGGUUCACCGGGCUCAGAGGGCAGAGAGUCAGGAAGCCCCUUCAGAUUCUCAGCAUAAUCCUUUACUAAAUUUCUCCCACAAUCCCAAGGCAGCCAUUCCUGCCAAGGUCACUGUUCAGCAGAGAGAUGAGUCACACCCAGCUGCUCCUGGCUUCUUAAGCAGCAGCUCCCCCCCUCAAUCUUCCACAACAAAACCUGCAUCCCCAAAGCAGAGUCACCCCACAUCAGACCUUAGCCCCUCUGCAUCCAGAUCCUGCCCCAUAACACCUGCCCGGAAAAGAGGCCGGCCUAAAUCCCACAGCUCUAGUAUAGAUGAACCUCCCCCUCGGCUUUCUCCAAACACUAUGCCGACUGAGGUGCCUCCUUUAGGGUGUGACGGAGUUCAGAAAGCCCCUGUGCUGGAGCCAAGUCCAGUACUGCAGUGUGCUGCUCGGUCGAAAUCCAGCCCCAAGAAGCGUGGCCGUCCUCCCAAACGACCCCUCCCCGAAGACCAGAGCGGAGGUGCACUGAAUCACACUGAUGCUACAGACAGGAGUAAAGAUUUUCAUCCUCCUGAGAAGGGGAACAGGCAACUAAAGAUCAGGAAGCUGAUUAAUGAGAUGAAGAAAAGAAAGAGGAGGAGACUUCACAAGGUAAUGCUGUCUGGGUAUGUAGGAAAGGACGCAAGGGGAGGAGCGGCAGCAGAUGGUGAGACUUGUCUGAGAAUGUGUAAAUCGAUAGAGGCUACAACAUUACACACUCUCUCAGCUCUGUCCUCCUCGUUUGGGAGUAAGCUGGGCCCUCAGAUUAAUGUGAGCAAGAGAGGGACCAUCUACAUGGGCAAGAGGCGAGGACGCAAGCCUAAAGCCCAAACGGCUAACGUAAAUUCAAACUUCCAGAGCUCCACUCAGCCCUCCCUGUUCACCAGUCCCUCUGAAACGUCUCUCUUCUCAUCAAACCAACCACAGCCUCCACCCUCUCACCCGUUUCUCUCCCCAUCUCUUACCCACUCCAGUGGGGCCCAGAGUCCUUACAGUGAGGGCAGCCUCACAGAGCCAGCAUCUUCCCUACUUUUUCCUCACCCCUUCUCCCUCCCUUCCCCAUCAUCAUCCUGUACCUCCCCACGUCCUCCCUCCUCCUCAUCCCUCUCUCCGUUUGUGAAGAGGAGUUGCCCGUGUCAGGGAAGGCAUCACUUCCCUUUUCACCAGUCUUCAUGUAAGCUCUCCUGUCCUGCCCCCCCACUGCAUCACACCCCCGGCUCUCCUGGCCACCUGAAGGAGGCCACCCCCUCCCCCAGAAGUGAGUCACACAGUGAAGAGACGCUGCCUAGUGACAGCGGAAUUGGAACGGACAACAACAGUGUUUCUGAGCGUGGGGAGAUGAGGGGAGUUCGAGGCAUGCUCAGGUUGGGUCAGGGGUCAGGACUGAUGCUCGGGGGUCAAAGACACCCCUCCUCUCUUGUGGACCAUCCCUCUCCUGUCUCCUCACCCCUCUCUCACAUGCCCAGACACACAAACCCCAUCAGCAGCUCAGCCAGUGUGGAGCGCCACAGAGACAGACACCGGCACAAGCGGAGGGAUUACAACUGUUCCUCCUCCUGUACUUGCUUGUGCCCCUGCCCAGGACACAAUAAGUGCACUCAUUCAGACUAUUAUUCUUGCCUUGGGCACAAUGCACUGAAGAGACAGAAAAAUAAACAUAAAAAGAAGCACCAGCAGCUGCACAUGCAAGAUCCAGAGUUUCUGGCUGAUCUAGAAGAUCUGAUUGGUCAAUUCAGCGAGGUCCAUAUUGGGCGGAGAAGUUGGGUGAGGACAGGACUGGGACAGAGCUUUGAUGGCGGGAGUGGGAAUGCUGCAGGAGGAAGGCGCCAUCACUCCACAUCCCAUUCUCUUCGUUCCAAUAUCUUCAGGAUCAAUCUGAAUGGCUUCUACUCACCUCACCCUUCGUCUUAUCCCGCUAACCCCUCCUUCUCCCCCCAGCCUUACUACCCCUGCCAACCAGUGCAUUGUAACAGGAAGCCAGACCGCAGGCAGUGUGGUUGCCCAUCAAAGUUCCAGGAGACUAUUGAAAACAUGGGCUUUUACAACAGCUAUCCCCCAGCCACAACAGUUUACCACCACCUACCCAGCUCCUACCCGCUUCCAACUCCUCACCCAUACACCCCCCAUCAGCCCCACCAUGCCCACUUCCUCCUCAACCCUGCCAGAUUCCACAGGCGUAGGAGCAGGUUGCUGAGGGAGGGAGCUUUAGGAGGAGAGGUUGAGGGAGAUAUAGCAGGUACCAGUGGAGGAGGCCCACAUCUCGGCUCAGGCUUAACAUCUGGCCUCUCCUGUGGCUGUGGGAGGAGUGAACACAAACACAAACAUAAACAUCGUCAUCGGCACUGCGAGCGAGACCUGGAUGAUGAGGAGGAGUUACAUGAGGACGAAGGGGAAGACACUAUGGAGAGAGAGGCCUUGACUAGUUCAAAGUCAAAGUCAGGGUUAAUUCUGGGCCAAGGAGAAGGAGGAAGGAAAGGGGCAAAAGGAAUAGGGAGCAUGCGGUCAAAAGAAUCACCUUGGUUAUGUGAGAACGGUAACGAUUCUUUUUCUUCUGCUGCUGCCGCCACAUCCUCAGCAGAGAGGUACAAACACACAUCUCUCACCUCACUAGGGCUGGGUUCCUCCCACCUGUCUUCAUUUGGUGGAGGUUGGGGUGGCCUGGGCCAGAGCUGGAUGAAAUAUGGGAGCUUAGGAGGAACAGGUUUUGGAAACUCCAACCCCAGCUGGAGAGGUUUUACAGGAGAGCAAUGUACAGGCCAAUUGGCUGCAUCAGAGGGAGAGGACGAAGAUGCUGAGGAUGUGCAAGAGUCACAACUGUACAGGGCAUCCCCGUCUCCAACACACACCAACCUAUUCACAUCCGCUGCCAUGGCAACAGGGGGAAGGGGUCUUAGAAGUGAACUGACCAGUAGGAAUCCAGGAAGUGGAAACAGGUCAUGGAGGAUAGAUGAGCCGGCUUGGACAGAGAGGCGCGAAGCAGGUUUACAAGGUGACUCAAGAAGUCGGGGCCAGCAGAAAAGUGUGCCAACACUGGACAAUGUAGAGGUGAAAAACAAACGAAGGCCAGGACGGCCCAGGAAGCACCCACUGCCCUCUGUGGUACCCUCCCCCACAUGCUCUUUCUCAGCUCCCUCCAAGUCAUCACCUGACCUCUUGCCGGGGCACAGCCACAACAGAGACGAGAGAUUGGUGGGAGGAAGAAAGGAAGAAAGAGAGCUGGGGAGAGAUCGAGGAGGUGACACGGUGCAGCAGGUGACAGAGCUGGAGCUGCAGGCCAGAAGAAAGAGAGGGCGGAAGAGAAAACACGGCGACUCUCCACAUCAUCAGAGUGUUACCACUGGUAUACCUGAGUGUGAUACAGCCCCUGAAUGUUUUAGCCAGUCAGAUGUGGACCAGGCUCCGUCCCAACCUGUAGCCACCCAAAGAGAAGAGAGAGCCGAUGGUCCUCCCAGGAAGACAUUUCUGAGGGCAGGUCUUUACUCUGAUGAUUACAAAACCACAGAGCCUCCCUCACAAGCCCAUCAGACUUGCAGACAGAGUAUGGAAUACACACCAGGGGAGCAUGACUACACCCUUUUACCUGCUCCCAUACACGUUGGGAAGUAUCUGAGGCUGAAGCGGAUUCAUUUCCAAUUACCCUAUGAUGUUAUGUGGCUGUGGCAGCACAACCAGCUUCACAGGCAGCCUGCUGUACCCCUGAAGAGGAAGCGACACUACUGCCGGCUGAAGGAAAGGACUGCAUCCUCUCACCAAACAGUGGACGAAGGCUCUAGUGACAUCACCAGCCUGUUCCCUCACCUUGACAUGGAGCCUUUGACCAGCAAUGAGAGGAGCUUUGUGGUGAAACACCAUGUGUUCCUUGUGAGGAACUGGGAGCUUGUGAGAGACAGACAGAUCCGACUGAGGAUAGAGAGGGAGAGAGAGAGAGAUGCAGAAGGGGAGGAGAGAGGCUCGCGACGUCUGUCCUGUGAUAGCACCAAUGGGGACGACAGCCACAUCAAGUCAGAUCAGCCAGUGGGGGUGGAGGUGACUCUUAUCAGCAGUGACCCCCACCCUCCAAGUCAGGACACCUCCAGCUUGCUCACUGCCAGCCCCUGUCCCACCAAAACCCAGAACAGACAAGAGGAGGAGGGAGAAGAAGAAAACCAAGGAGAAGAAGAGGUCUGCAGCAGAGAACAGAGGAGGAAACGGCUGAAUGAUUUACUUUUGACCCUGCAGCAUUCAUAAGCUAACAGAGAGAGGUGGGACCACUCUGAAAAGGGACCAGGCCCACCAUUGGACAGAUGGACAGAAAUUGAUGUCACAACACUGUUAUUAACAGUUGCAGUGCCACAGAGAACGACAGUGAGGAGAGAGCUGGAGAACUCUAACAAGCGAAAAUGCAAGAAAGACAUCUCACACACUGACAGAUGAGUGUGUUGAACCUAGUGCUCUGAAGGGCAUCACAGCACGAAUGAAACUAUGGCAACAUACUGUAUCCUUUGUCCAAGUGACGAGGGAUGAGAGAAACGGUGAUGGACUGAUGGACUGUCCUGAAUGAAAGAAAGAAACAGACCAGCUAAAAUGAAUUUGCACUAGUGCUGGAUGAACAAGCACACUAAAGACUAUAUGUAUGUUGAGUGGACACACUAUGAACACACACACACAUACACUUUGAUUGCUCUUACUUCAGCACCUUAAGCAAAGUGGGAAUGAUGGACAUUUCUGAGAUUUAAAGUGGACAUAUAUGGUACUCAGCAUUUCGGCUCUGAAGUUUCCAAGAGGCAAGGAGCUCGCGAGCUGCCCGGGGAAACAAAACUGUAGCCUGGGCCCUAAGUAGGUCAAAACCAAACCCUCAUUUACUCGUUAAGCUUUCAAAGUCACAUUGCACCUUUGGGAAAUGACAUAAGGAGAAGUGAACCAAUUAAAAGCUGUUGAGACAGUGUUGGGGUUUUUCUUCACUUUACCGAGACAGUGUCUUCUAUGUACCAGUGAAUAGGCAGGGGAGGGGGGUGGGCUGAGUGACAGGAAUUUUGGCAUGGCGG